CGUCAGUCAAAGUCAAACAGUCAAAGUCAAGGAGUGGAAAAGUCGGAAAAGCAAAAGUCUUUAGGACUGUUUUUCCAGUUGUUCGGUUUGAAUAAAUCUGGCUCAGUAUUGUGCUAAUAUUCAUAAAUUUGUGGAUUUGAAAUUUUAUACAUAAACUGAAUUAUGUAUAAUAUUGUGGUGGUGUGAAUGUGAAUAUAUUUAAGAAAGGUAAGACUUCUUCAAAUAAAACUGCCGACUUUUCGAUGGUCGAUAAAUUCAGCAACCAAUGGGAUACUGAUUGUCUAUUUAUUCUUCUUUAGCCAUGAUGUUUUUCUGAUUUAUCAAAAUAUAUUUUUCCGUUUUUGGAUAUUAAUAAUUAUUUUCACCAAUUAAAUAAACAGUGAUCUUAUUUUCCAAGUCGGCCAUCUUGUGUUGUGAUAUGUGGCGGUAUAUUUAAAACUACCUUUAAAAUUUGCAGUACAUAGCUUUAACGAAAUUCCUUUUUUGAGAUAUUUCAACGUUUUGGAAGUCCUCGUCAGUGUAGUGCUUUAAAAAUGGAACCCUGUGCUCCAGGUACUGAAGAUGAUCCUCCGAUCAUGUUUUCGACACUAACAAAGAAGGAAAACGAGCAGCAGCGUGUACUCGGCUUAAAGGCAUUCUUAAAGAACAAUAAAUAUGGAAAUGUCUUUGAAUUAUCAAUAUCCGGUGGCGUCGAAAAGUGGUAUUGUAACAUAUGCGAGUGUCCUGUCAUGGGACGUAUUUUUCAACAUGAGACGGGUCGAAGACACAUGCAAAAUUUGGAUUUCAAUUCUGGUAGCACUGAAGAUGAACAAAAACCUUCCGUUGUUGAAGAACGGGAAAUCGUGGAGGUAGCACCAGGAGAACCUUUGCCUCCCGGUUUUGAUGAAGCUGCUAGAGUAGCACAAAUUCAGGAACGCAUUGAUGGAUUUAAAGUGGGACCGCUAGUAGCUCUAGAAUAUCUCUUCGAACUACAGGAUGAUGAUCCCAGUAAAGAACCGCUCUAUUUGUGCCUGUUGUGCGACAAAAGAGGUGACCCACGAACUAUCUUAAUUCAUUUGUCCAGCUAUAAUCAUAUUUCUCAGUAUUUGCAAAAACAUUUUCCAACCAGCUGGCGUCUCCUUGCCCCUUACAAUACCAAGCAGUACAAACGGAAUUGGCAAAAUGCUUUACAUAAAGUCUCUGAAGGUAUAGAGAAAAAAUUUGGACGCCUCAAGCCUUUUCCUAUCGACAAAGAUAAAUUUGAAAAAGAUAGAAUGCAUUAUCUCGAGCUUGUUGUCAAAGGACAUCAUUUUUCAGAACGUAGUGGCUACACAUUUGAAGAAUUGAUCGUACAUGAAGAGCUAAUAAAAACUCACGAAGGCGAAGAACGAAGUUAUGAAUCUUCCAUUACCAAUAAUUGGGGAAGUGCAUCUUUCAUCGAGAAACCGUUUAAAAAACGAAGUCCAUCACCCCCUGUAGUUGAGACGCCUUUUAAGAGAAGUAAGAAAAAUCAAGAGCCAGCUUUUAUACAAGAUAGCAAUACUGCUCCUUCCCAAGCUAAAAAAUCAGUUUCCGAUAAGCCACAAGACAAUAAGCCUGCUAUAACACCAACUCGCCCUGGUAUUAGAAGAAGGUCAUUGUCCAGUGUGUCUAGUUUUUCAGAUCUAAGUGAUGGUGAAAAAAAAGGUCCGAAUCCACAUACCGAUCGAAAGAUACCACCUGUAUCAAGGGCCAGAUCUCCACGAAGUAGAGGUGCAUCUAGAGGUAGAUCUCCACGUAAGGACCUUCCUUUUGCCAGCCGCAGACUAAGCCCUAGACGAAGAUCUCCGUUUAAACGUAGAUCGCCAUCACCUAGACGUCGUUCUCCAUUAUCGCUAAGACGUCGUUCUCCGUUAUCGCCAAGACGUCGUUCUCCGCUGCCUAAACGUAGAUCCCCGUUCAGAAGAAGAUCGCCAUCUCCUAAAUAUAAACGUCGUUCUAAAUCUCCCACUGUCCAGGAAGAACAAGAAAAAGAAAGAAUAAGAAAAGUUGAAGAAUUUAGAAAACUUUCAAGGGCAAUUGAAAAUGAUAUGAUUAAAACUUUAAAACAACAUGAGAAAAAUCCAGAAAAACAUCCUCAAUAUAAUGAAGAAUGGAAGAAGUUUUGGAAUAUAAGGUACAAAGAAUUAAAGUUACAAGGUGUUGACGUUAGCAAAUAUGAUUUUAAACCAGAAUGGAUACAAUUCUGGAAUAAACGCAUGGUAGAAUUACACAGCGACGAAGUGAGAAAAAGGAAAGAAGCUUUGAGGAACCGUUUGGGCCUUCCCGUCAUCAGUUUUAAAAUUGGAGGUGCAACAGUUAACACUGUACCCGCGGUUGCUAAACCACUUCCGAUGGCAGCUCAACCCGAUCAAGAUGAUGAUGUUAUUCUUAUUGAUGAUAAAGAUGAUGACCAAAAUGACAAACCUUAUGUGGCACAAAGAGGUAAUGCUUCAAAGCAACAGAAAGUUCGUUCUCCGAGUCCAAAAUCAAGAAACAGAAAAAUACGAAAUAGUCCUAAACGUAUUAAUCGUUCAAGAUCUAGAAAUCGUUCAAUGUCGAGAGAAUUAUCUUACGGUAGACGUCCUUCUCCAAUGAAUCAAAGAUCUAGGGACUAUCGAGGUAGAGAUUCCAAAAUAUCCAAGUCGCCCUCCAGAAAUCGUUCCCGUUCCAGAAAUCGUUCUCGUUCCAGAAAUCGCUCUCGUUCCAGAAAUCGAUCACUUUCCAGAAAUCGAUCUCUUUCUAAAAAUUCACCAGUACGUCGAAGAUCCAAAUCCAGAGAGAGGAGUUGGGAAAGAAAGAGACAGGUGAGGGAAACCUCGUUUGAAAGAGAUUUGAAAGGAAAAGAAAGAAUAAGAACUGUAGCUGAUUUACCUUGGAAUGUUAGACCACAUGUAGAUCCUUACCAUAUGCCAAUUAUGCGUGAAAGAAUUCCCAUGGAUGUGAGGCUUCCUUCUCCAGAAGAAGAGGAUGACAAUACAGAAAUUAAUGUGGUCGUAGUUCUUCGUAUUCUUACUGCACUCGAAGAUCGUUUAGGAUCCUUAGGCCCUAAAGUUAUUGAUCUUUUAGCGCAAGCAUUGGCUUUGGAAAAAAAUGAGGCCAAUAGCUCGGAUCAGUUACUUGACAAUGAUAUAAAUUGUGUUUUAUUUGAAACAGUGAAGGAAAAAUUGAAAGGUCAAAUGAUUGCUGGGCUAGUAGACCAUAUUCAACAACGAGCAUUCAAAAAAGCUAUAAAGAAGAUAGCGGCUUUGAUGCACGAGGCUGGUCAAAGAAAGAAAAACCGAGAAAAACUUCUUCCAAAGGAGGCUUUAAACUCUAGCGGUGGAGUGGAUAAAGCUGCUAUUGCUAGACAAAUCGCUAACGCGCUUGUAGCUCAAGGAAAAACAGAUGUAACACAAGCUGAAUUGGAACAACUUAUUAAUGCAGUGGUUGCUAUGGCAGAAGCAUCCAAAGUUACAACUAAACCUGUAACAACUGCAGGAUUCCUACAAAUGAUGACCGGUUCUGGAUCUCAAAAUAAAGAAAACGCUAACUUAGAUCAACUGACAGAGCCUUUAACUCCAAGUCCAGGGAAAAAUUCUACAAGUAAUAUGGAAAACCUAUCAGAUUCAGAUUUACAGACGCUUUUGCAGAAUUUCAAAGAUCUAUCAACUGAAGAACAACACAAUUUAAUAAAUUAUUUAAAAAAGCUGGAGCUUCAAGAACCUGACCGAGUGGAAAAAUUAAGGAAAUUUGUCAGUUUAGAUUCAAAUUCUAAAGAUAAAGAUGAUCAAAAAGAAACAGAAAACGACGAUGAUGAAGAUAAGCCGAACUCGAAACACGGCCAAAAGAGUCCCUCUUCAAUCAGUAAUAGUAAUCUGAUUGACAUUGAUUCCGAGGAAGAAAAUGAAGAUGAGGAAAAAAAAGAAACAGGAUCAGAUAAACAAGAUAUACAGAUAGAAAGAAUAGAUUCUGAUGAAGAAGAAUAUACAUUUGACGAUGUUGUUAAAUCAGUCAAAGAUAAGGAAAUUGAACGUACAAAAACUGUAUUAGAAGAUACCCUCAAGUAUGAUAGCGCAAAACCCAACUUAAAGAGUGCUAAAGAUUUAAUAUCAGAUCUUAUGAGUAAUAUUACCAAAAAGAAUGCUUCUACAUCGAAAAGUGUUGAUUUAUUAGGAUUGGGGAAACCUCCUGCAUCUAAUCCUCCUAUGCCGAAUGUUGAUUUAAGUAAACUAUUAGGUAUUAAUAUUGCAAAUCUCGCUAGUAUAGUAAAUAACGUUAAAAGUAUGAGUUCAAAUGACACCACUAUCUCAAAUAUUACCCCUGGAUCACCAAAGAGAAGUCAACACAAAUUAAAUUUUGAUCUUUCGCAACUUACAUCGCAACUUACAUCGCAUCUUACAUCAGACGAUACUAAGGUUUCGUUAGAUGUAGACAAUCCUUUAGCAUUCGGUGGACCAAAUAAAUUUGGUGCUACUCGGCUUGGUCCAGGUAAUUUGGAUAGAUUUCCACUUGAUCAAAAUAGAUUACCAGUUGGCGGUCCAGGCAUGAUGGGAGCCAGAGUUCCUGAACGAUUGGGACCUGGACCUGGAGGACCAAAUAUGUUUGGACAUGGAGGUCAAGAUAGAUUUGGACGUGGAGGACCAGAUCGUUUUGGUCCUGGAGGACCAGAUCAGUUUGGAAUUGGAGUACCAAAUCAGUUUGGACCUGGAGGACCAGAUCGGUUCGGACCCGGAGGACCACCUGAUAGGUUUGGACCUGGAGGACCAGAUCGAUUUGGUCCCGGACCAGAUCGGCUUGGUCCUGGACCAGAUCGGCUUGGUCCUGGACCAGAUCGGCUUGGUCCCGGACCAGAUCGGCUUGGUCCCGGACCAGAUCGGCUUGGUCCCGGACCAGAUCGGCUUGGUCCCGGACCAGAUCGGCUUGGUCCCGGACCAGAUCGGCUUGGUCCCGGACCAGAUCGGCUUGGUCCCGGACCAGAUCGGCUUGGUCCCGGACCUGAUCGGCUUGGUACCGGAGGACCCGAUCGGUUUGGACCUGGAGGACCAGAUAGGUACGGACCUGGAGGACCAGAUCGGUUAGGACCUGGAGGACCAGAUCGGUUAGGACCUGGAGGACCAGAUCGGUUUGGACCUGGAGGACCAGAUCGGUUUGGACCUGGAGGACCAGAUCGGUUUGGACCUGGAGGACCAGAUCGGUUUGGACCUGGAGGACCAGAUCGGUUUGGAGCUGGAGGACCAGGUGGCCCCGAUAGAUUUGGGCCCGGCGGUUCUGAUAGAUUUGGACCGUGCGCUCAAGAUAAACUAGGACCUGGAGGACCACCUAAGAGAUUCGGAGUUGACGGUCCAGAUAAAUUUGAUAUUCCUGGACCAGAUAGAUUUGAUACAAGAGGUCCGGCUAGGAUGCCUACAGGACCAGAAAGAUUUGAUGCUGGAGGCUCCAAUAGAUUUGGGGGGCCAAAUAGAAUGGAAGAAAAUCUUGAAGGCUUUGGCGGUCCUGAUAGGGGAUUCGGUCCUCCCGAUGGUGGGAUGGCAGGACUUGGAGCCCCAAGAGUUAUGGGUCCUAGAAUGAGUGGACCUAAUGGGCCGAGGGCAGGUAAUCCUAACUUUAAUAGAGGUGGACCAAGACCAGGUCCAAGAGGUUUACAGAGGUUGCCAGCUCCAGAUUUCAAUCGACCAGUAGGAAGCUUUAAUAAUAGGUGGUAGAUUUAAAUAGUUGUAGUAUAAUUGAUGUAAUAAUAAAUAUUUGUGACUACACUGUAAUAAUAAUUAUUAUAUUUAUAGUUGCUUUAUUUCUGUUUUUUUUUCUACAGUAAAAAAAGUAUUGGUCUUACAAAAUUUCAUGAACUUGAUUCACUCACUACGACCGAGACUGAAGUAGUAAAAUAGCCGUGAGUAUUUAUUGUUAUUCCUUCAACGUUCGUAUUUAAUACUUUAUACUGAAUUCAGUAUGAAAUUUAAAAUAGUUAUUGUUUUUAGAAUUUUGCUAAUGCGUAUUUCCAAGGUUCAUGAAAUUUUGAAACCUCCCUAAAUUAUAUUUGAAUUGAUUUUUACGUACUUUUACAUUUAUUAGUAAAUAAUAAUAAUGUGCAGUCAAUAUAAUAUUUAUAUCGUGA